AUGCUGGUAUUUUGCCUGUCUUCAGUUUCUAUUUAGCCGCCCAUACACGGCCCUGGUAGCAUAUAUAAUCGUACGCAUUCAGAGCAACAAACUAUGAGGGUAGCUAUAGCUGUUAUGCCAUCUAUGGACUAAAUUCCGUCCAUAUUUCAGAGAUAAACAAUCUUCCUCCCCAACCGUCACUAGUGCUUACAGCAGCACAGACAUAGUACACCAUGGCUCGCACGAUUUCGGCACUUCUUGUCUCCGCCAUCCUCGUCCUCGCUGCAUCAUCCAUCUACUUCCGCCGUGGCGCUGGCAGCACAAACGGCAGCGCCACAACAAGGACGCACCUACAUUUCUACAUGCACGAUGAGUACACCGGCCCAAACCCAACAGCCGCGCUCAUCGUGCCCGGCAGGGCGCCGCUUCCUGACAUCGUGGGCACCUCGCGCCGGUUUGGGGAAAUCGCGGUGAUGAACAACGCGCUCACGGAGGGGCCCCAGCGCGGCAGCCCACGCGUGGGCACAGCGCAGGGGUUCACCGUUCGCGUGUCGGAGCGUGGCUCCGUGAACGCCCUGAGCAUGCACUUGGUGAUGGAGGAUGGCGAGUUCGCCGGAAGUUCGCUGGUGGUGAACAGCAGGGUCGACACCGACUUGGCCGUGCGCGAGUCCGUGAUCGUCGGCGGCACCGGCCGGUUCCGGUUCGCGCGGGGCUACGCGCUCAGCCGAAGCUAUGAUUAUGACUUGGCCAAGGGCGGCAUCGUGGACAUCGACGUGUACCUGUACUAGGUUUGCAUGGCCUCGUGCGUUCUCUCUUCUGAUUGGUUCGCUCCAAUUCAGUGUUGCACACAGUUCAUACUUCAUAUCGACACCUUCACUCUACAGAGAAAUGCUAAGUGUUAAUUUGUGGACGACUACCGUUUAUUUGUUGAUGCUGUGGUUGUGAUAUUUCAAAAUAAUUAUGGAUGAGCUCAAAACUUGUGUACUUGUAUCAGCUAAUUCAGUUCAUCCAAAAUAAGUUCUGUUUUUUUGUUUCAAUUUCUACUGUAAUUUUUAUUUCAUAUCCUUCUACGCUUAGGUUCCUUUUUGUUUUUUUAUUAUGAACAUACGCUAAGGUCAGAAUGAAUUUCCCAUCGUAAAGACUGAAGGCCAAUCAAA